CCCGGCGCGGCGGCGCGGAAGGGCGGCUCCCGGCGGAACGCCUGGGGGAACCAGUCCUACGCGGAGCUGAUCAGCCAGGCCAUCGAGAGCGCCCCGGAGAAGCGGCUGACGCUGGCGCAGAUCUACGAGUGGAUGGUUCGCUUCGUGCCCUACUUCAAGGACAAGGGCGACAGCAACAGCUCGGCCGGCUGGAAGAACUCUAUUAGGCACAAUUUAUCCCUGCACAGCAAGUUCAUUAAAGUGCAUAAUGAAGCUACAGGGAAGAGUUCUUGGUGGAUGCUCAAUCCUGAAGGUGGUAAAAGUGGGAAAGCACCAAGGAGGAGAGCUGCCUCCAUGGACAACAGCAGCAAACUGGCAAAAGUCAGAGGUAAAGCAUCCAAAAAGAAGGCCUCACUCCAAGCAGCUCCGGAAGCUACUGCCGACAGCCCUGGCUCCCAGUUCCCCAAAUGGCCUGGGAGCCCAUCAUCAAGGAAUAAUGAGGACUCCGAUGUGUGGACCAGUUUCCGGCCUCGAACCAGUUCCAAUGCGAGUACCAUUAGUGCCAGGCUCUCUCCUAUCAUGCCUGAGCAGGACGACCUCCCAGAUGAAAAGCUUCUUCCUUCUCUAGUGUACUCCAGUGCAUCCAGCAAUGUCCCACCCACCGUGACUGAGGAGCUUGAACUCCUUGAUGGGUUAAACCUGAUGUCACCCAGUUCAUCUAUGCUGCCCACCCAGCAGUCUGCCUCAGGUGGUCCAGUCCAGAGAGAUUCCAGCUUCUCUUUGAGGACCCAGAAUUCAGCUGGUCAGGCCUCUACUUUUGGCACCUCUCUGUUUAACCCUGUUGAUAUCUCGCUGCAGAGUUCUGUUAACCGUUUCUCUGGCCCUCAGACCCUGGAAGCUCUCCUGACAUCCAGCUCUCCACCUCCCAGCGAUGUGAUGAUGACUCAGGUGGAUCCGAUACUCCCUCAAACUGGAAGCAGGCUAAACAGCCAGACUUUUCUGCUUCUAGGUGGACAAGUCACCCAGAAUAAAACAAGCCCAGUCAACCCACGAGGAAAGCCUUUGGAGCAGCAGUCAGAGUCAGUAGGUGCCAGUGCUUUGCCAUCUAUGCUUUCUGUGGUGGCAUCUCCUCAAAACACAGCCAGCAUGCCCACUUUGAAGGCCCCAGUCCCAGCACCAACGGCCCAAGCAGUCCAUCUGGGCACUCAGCCACUUCUCUCUUCUGUUAGCUCUGCCCCAUUUGGAGUGAACCAGGACAGGCUGCCCACUGACCUGGACGUUGACAUGUACAUGGAGAACCUUGAAUGUGAUGUGGAUUACAUAAUCAACAGUGACCUCAUGGAUGGAGAAGGACUGGACUUCAACUUUGAACCCAUUCUGUCUACUCCCAGCUACCCCAACACCUCGCAGGCCUCCAACCAUACUUGGGUACCAAGUUAACUUCAGGAAUACAAAAGUGUCCUUCAGGUUUCUGAAUGUUGGGUCCUGACUUCGCUUCCCACCCCUGGCAGAGUCUGAAACAGAGCGCACUGGACACAGCUUCUCUGCACACCAUGCCUGGGGCAGACAGAACUGCUCACCUGGGAAGAAGGGGGCAGAUCUGCACCUGGUUGCAAUAGGAAGAGUUUUGAAAAAAAUCCUGUUGUGUGCUGCGUCUCUUCCUAAAAAUCCUGACUUGCCCUGGAUCUUCUGCAGAAGCCCCCGGGCUGUGCACAUUCGAAGAGGAGCUCUGGUGAAAAUCCCCACGCUUGGCCAAAGGCUGUUAUGCCAGACAACAGCAAUAUCCAAUCCAAAGGGUUGGGUGUGUUGGAGGCUGCCUUAUCUCUGCCAUAGCAGCAGUUCGCCCAGUGCCUCGGGCUAUCAGAAGGGGCCUGUUCUGUCCCCACCUUGCCCUCUGGGAUGGAGUAGCUGGGCCUCUUCCUUCAGCCACCAGCCUUGUGCUUGGUACUCCACAGACUUUUAGAAGAAUUAGAAGGAGCCUCUUGGCAGAAGCCUGGUAGGACUAGGGUGUCAGAUGGAUUGGGGUUUGGUUUCAAAGUACCCCACUGUUCUGCACCCAUCUGAAGGGAUGAGGGAGUGGCAGCCAGGGAGGCUUCCCUUUGCUCACCUAGGCAGAAGAGGAGGACGUACAGUUUAAUGUCACUGUGCCAGCUGGGCCCUGUUGAAUGAGUAGUAUGUUCUAGAGAAGUCCUGUGCUGUUCUAAGCACUUUCCUGAUACAGCAGCCUGCUGGAAAAUAGACACGGGUGCUGAUUGCUGUUGCUGGGACUCCAAAACAUCUUGGGGGGUUUGUUUCUGGGCUGUCUUGCUACAGCAGAGAAAUGGGAAGCCUGGGUGUGGCCUUAACAGAGCCCUGGUUGCUUUUCAGAAGGGCAUUUUCUAUAGAUGAAAUAUUUUUUUACUAAUCUAAGGGCUUUCUAUAUUGAAAGCCAGUGUAACCACAUGUCUCCAUUGGCAUACUGGGUAUCUCUCCCUCUAAGAAGGUGGUACCAAUGGCAGAUUUGCCUUUCAAAGCCGUGCUGAGAAUAAAUACACUUGACAUUCAAUUAUGUGUCUGAUUGGGGGAAGAACUGGCAGGCCCCCACAGUUUGGAACCAUGUGGGGAGGGGGUUGUACAUUUCUUGUAAUCUAUAUGUAAAACUAGCUGCAAAUUAAUUAGAAGCUUUUUCUAAACCUUUUAAAAUAUAUAUAUAUUUUUUUUAAAUUGAGAAACAAGAUUAUUGGAUUAAAACACACUUUUUUUCUGCAUCUUUAUCCUGUUGAUACCACAUGAACACUACAGUGAGGCUGGGAACAAGCCUGGGGUUAUGGGGUAUGAAUACAGUUGGGAAGGGGUGGGGCAGACACUUCAGAGUGCUUGGGGAAUAGCCACACUCUUCAAAUCAAAUGGGAGAGGUGUUUACAGAUAUCAGACUCCGGCAGAUCAGUCUCUGGCCAUGUGAUUGGACACUCCCACUAAGUAUCCCCUAACCUUGUGCUCUUGGCUAAUCAUUAACAGGGGAUAAGCUGGGUAUGUUAAGCCCUAGAGUAGCAGGGCUGCAGCUGAUGCUUCAGAGGCUUAGAUUCCCUAACCUCUUACUUAAUGAGGGAGGCUGAGCCAGGCCUGCUGACAUUCUGUGAAGCCUUCAUCCCCCACUAUUUUGAAGCCAGGAGCUCAGUCAGCUUUAGUAGCUGACAACCUGGUUGUCCUGGUUUCUAUAGUUUUUCCUUUUGUUACUGAAGUUUUUCUGCUACUACUUGCUAAUUCUAGUCCUGUAGGCAACGCUGUAGGAGUCUGAUUGGGGUUCUGACCUGUGAACAGUUUUUGUCCCCAGCCAGGACCUGAAGGAACUAUGAGGGUCAGCUGGCAGUUUUCUUUCAGACUUUGGGUGUUUGUGGUGGUAGGAUUUGGGGGAAGGGAUGAUUCUUUGCAGUGUUCUAUGGGAUUUGUUAAUGCAGAAAGUCUCUGGCAUUCUUUCUGCAGAUGGCAGACGAGUCUUCUUGUGGAAGGUUUAUGUGGUGAGGUGCUGGGAGUUUGUAUUGCUUUGUUGCCUUCUCUGCAUGUUGGUUCAGGGAUUCACUAGAACUGCUGGAGACCUGAACAGAAGUGGUCUCUGAGUCUGGCCACCUGAAAUGAGGCCUGUGGAGCAGUCUUGCCUUGAGCCUUAUCUGCCACUAGGUCCUUUUGGGGAACGCUAAUUGGAAACGAUUCUAAGGCUUUCUCUUUACUGAAAACUUGAGUUCAGUUGUGCGUUUUUACAGUAACAUGCCUUGGGUUCACACACCCACAUACCUCUUGCUGUACUGCCUGAGUAGUAUAAGGACCCCAUGACACACCUUGCUUCCGGUCAGGUGGCACCUUGACCCCGGAAGUAAUACCCCCAUGGG